UGCGACACACUGAGGUCGGAUUUGGAAGCAGGAGAUGUCAACCUUUUGGAUUGAACACAUGUAACUCAUUCAUGAUAUAUUUGGCCUGAAUUUGUAAGUUUAUUUAUUACGGCUGUUUCGACCGGAGUGGAGAAUGUUGUCACCUUGCAGACAAGCGGUGCUGUCUGCUUUUAGGAGACACAACUGUCGGUUAUUCUCAGCAACUCAGGGCAGGGAAGCUAAAAAAGGACUGGUUUUGGGAAUUUAUGAAAAAGAGAAGAAUGGUGAAAGCGCACGUUUCACGGAGGCGGGUGCAGCAUUUGAUAGUUACCUAUCGGGAAAGUUGAGUCAGAUGCUCUCAAUAUCUGGCCCUCCUGUCAAGAAAGGCAAGAGUCGCGUAUUUUAUGGUCUACAUGAGGACUUCCCAAGUGUGGUAGUUGUAGGCCUCGGCAACGACUCAGCCGGGGUUUGUGGAAAAGAAAAUUGGGACAGCUGCAAGGAGAACAUCAGAGCUGCUGUGUCAUCUGGCUGUCGGGUGCUCCAGGACCUGGAGGUGCCUGUAGUGGAGGUGGACCCAUGUGGUGAUGGUCAGGCGGCUGCAGAAGGUGCUCUGCUCGGCCUCUUUGACUAUGAUGACCUCAAAAGCAAUAAGAAGUUCAAAGUCACUACUCGGCUACAUGGAAGCACAGAGCUCGCUGCGUGGGAGAAAGGAGUGGUCUACGGUGAGGGACAGAACCUGGCCCGGUGGCUCAUGGAGGCUCCAGCAAACCAUAUCACCCCAACAGUAUUCGCUGACACUAUCGAGCACAAGCUCGCACCCUAUUCAGACAGAGUGAUCAUCCACAAGAGACCAAAGCCGUGGAUUGAGGCGCAGCAGAUGGGAGCGUUUCUGAGUGUGUCUAAAGGUUCAGACGAACCCCCAGUCUUCUUGGAGAUCCAUUACAACGGCAACCCGGACAACAGCAAAGCACCUCUGGUCCUCGUGGGCAAGGGCAUCACCUUUGACAGUGGCGGUAUCUCUCUGAAGCCUCCCUCAGGCAUGGAUGCCAUGCGGGCAGACAUGGGUGGUGCUGCCACCGUGUGUUCCGCCAUCGUCACGGCAGCAGCUCUGAGGUUACCAGUCAACAUCGUAGGUCUGGCUCCUCUGUGUGAGAACAUGCCCAGCGGUAAUGCCAACAAACCAGGGGAUGUCGUCAAAGCAAAGAACGGAAAGACUAUUCAGGUGGACAACACUGAUGCAGAGGGCAGGCUCAUUCUGGCUGAUGCGCUUUGUUACGCUCACAGCUUCCAGCCUAGGGCUGUAGUAAAUGCUGCCACAUUAACAGGGGCCAUGGAUGUGGCGCUGGGUUCAGCUGCUGCAGGGGUGUUUACAAACUCCGACUGGCUGUGGGGACAGUUACAUAAGGCAAGUGUUAUCACAGGUGACCGAGUUUGGAGGAUGCCUCUCUUUCAGCAUUACAGCAGACAGGUGACGGAUAGCCAACUGGCUGACCUCAAUAACAUUGGAAAAUAUAGUCGGUCUGGUGGAGCUUGCACAGCCGCAGCUUUCCUUAGGGAGUUUGUGACUGCUGACCACUGGGCCCAUUUGGACAUCGCUGGGGUGAUGUCCAAUAAGGAUGAGGUGCCAUACCUGCGUAAGGGGAUGUCUGGCCGACCCACCCGCACACUGGUGGAGUUUGCAGCUGGUCUUGCCUGUGAAACCUGAGAGGGUUAUAGCCACAAUGACCUCUCUGGAGUCCCAGGAUCUCAUAUAACUCUGAAGUGCUGUACAUCUGGUGGCAAAAGUGACUUAAUUGUGUUGAAUGGACUUGUGCAUGGCCCUGGAUUGAAUUCACAGCACUAGGCUGACCUCAAAAAGACAAAAUGUCAUAUGCAUCUUGCGAUUUCAUCCCAUUGUUACCAUAGCUCUGUACUUUUUGGAAUAUCUUUGUAUACAAUAGUUAGGAUGUACUCAUGAUAUUUUAGUGAAUAUGAUUGAGAAGUAAAAUGAUUGUCAUUACUUCAAUUAUUGUCUGUUAAAUCAUGCUGCAGGAAGGCCUUCAUGCUAUGACAGUGAUUUGUUAUACACCUGAGUUUAUAUAGUUUCAUAGUAGCACAUAGGUUCUGAUAAGGAGCAUGAUAAUGUGAACAUGUUAAUAAAUAUAUUUGUACACUCUUA